AUGUCCACUGAAAAGGCAUCAUCAUCAUCAUCAUCAUCAUCAUCAUCAUCAUCGCCGAAAGCUGAAGUCAACCCACUGGACAGCUCCGAUGCUGAGUCACAGUCAUCUUCUACCAGUCAACAGUCAUCGCCACCACCCUCAUCACCCUCUUCAGUAUCACCACUGCCCCCGCCGCCGGCCAUCGAAUCUUAUCAAACUGGCGAAGCAACGAGCGGCGGCGAGGUGCUCAGCUCGAGCAGCGGCCAGUCAAAGGAGGCGGUCAUCAUUCGCCUGACGAAUCGCAUCAAGCACCUGGAGAAGAACAUCUCCCUCAUGUCGACGUACCUGGAGGGCCUCAGCGUUCGCUACCGCAAUCAGAUGGAGGAGAUGCAGCUCAUCUUCAACAAGACCAUUGAGCACCUGAACAACACGGCGAUCAGGGCGGCGGAGAAGGACGCCAAACAGCAGGAGAACAUUAUGACGCUGGAGUCGGAGAUCAACCACCUGAAGGCGGCCAUUGAGGAGAAAUCUCUUCACCGUUCUAAGUCAUUGUCUGAUCUGCCUGACGAGGAGCAGCAGCAGCAGCAACUGCAACCGCAGCCGCCGUCUCCAAGUCCUCCAAGUGAUCGUAGCUGUAGUAGUCGAGCUGAGGCUGAAGUGGAGCUGGUGAAAACUGCUGAAAGUUCACCAAGCAAGCAAAGCACUGAGGUGAACAGCUCCUGUGAUACACCGAACUGCACACUCAAAGUCGCCGACGACUCCAUCUCCGUCUCCUCGAACAAGGAGAACUGCCCUGGCGUCUGCCUAAGUCCCAAUGGGCCACUGCUAAUGAAUG